AUGAAAGUGUCUGUGCUAUUAAUUUUGUUUGCCACCGUGUAUUGUGUAGCGAGUGUCCGAUCAUCGCGAUUCUCGAGACCAAACUGGUUCCCAGCAACUGGGUUUACAUCUCUAUUUGUUAAUGAAAAUUGUAACUGCGAGAUUUUUGAUAAACACUUUGGUGAGGGAUGGCUGAAUUGGCUACCAGAAGCUAUGAUUCAGGCAGAAAGAAGUUUCAACGGAACAGAUACAGGUGAUACCACAACAGAACGAGGACCAGGAGUAAGUUUCGAUGGAGAUUCUUGUCCGACAGGCCGUACGAGAGUGGGUCCCAACUGUUUAGACGUGGAUUAA